AUGGCAGAGAACGCCAAUAACCCCACCACUGGCACCACUGAUGCCGAAUCUGUGACCACCAUAGUAGCCGCAGUCCAAGAAGAGAUGAAGCCGCCACAAGAAUCUUCUAAAGAAGCUCCAAACAAGGUGGAAAAGACCAGGCUAGCGAGGAUCAUUGUAGGCUCAAUAGCCAUCCUCACCUUCCUUCUCUCUCUACCCGUCUUAGCCUCUAUCAUAUGGCUUCUCUACAUGAAGAGCUAUGACUGCGAGAGCCUCCUGAGGCUGCCGAAGCUCCAAAUCGGGAUCGGCGUUGCCCUGCUCUUCGUGUUCCUGAUCAGCAACCUUGUGGUGUUCCUGAGGGCCAAGGCGCAUGCCCUAGGCCUCCUUGUGGUCAUGGUGCCCCUGAUCUUGAUGCUCACCGUGGGCCUUGCUUUGGUGGGUGCUUACAAGAAUGAGAGCAAGGCUGUGAUAGGGUCCCCGACGUGGCUCAAGGACAAGGUCUACAACGACAACUACUGGAAUUACAUCAAGUCCUGCAUCUACAACUCGAGGAUGUGCGACGAUCUGGCAGCCCGAUCUCUCAGCCUCAAGUCGGACGACUUUAGCGCAAAGAAGUUGUCCCCGAUCGAGUGCUUAAUCUAUGUAAUGUUUCAUGUUUCCGCCGCGAAGUUUGGCUGCUGCAGACCUCCCGUGAUCUGCGAAAUGGAAUACGUCAACGCCACAUACUGGAGGAGGAACGACCACCUCGGCGUCGGCUCCGACGGGGCGGACGACGAGGACUGUGACGCGUGGCAAAACGACGAGGACGUCCUGUGCUACGAUUGCAUGACGUGCAAGGAUGGGUUCUUGAAAGUAAUAAGGAACAAGUGGUGGAGGCUGGGGCUGUUCCUGGUGUUGAUGUCGCUCUUGCUCAUCGUCGCUCACUUGCUAUUGUUCAUCGCCACCGUAUGGGAGCGAUUUGGAGGAAUGUGA